CGGUAAAAUCUGCAUACCUUAAAAAGUAGAAUCCCCUUGAAUGAAAUCAUUGUCACCCAAUGCCUCGUGUUCACGAGGUUCGCCGAGGCGCUUGUCGUCAUAGGCGUGAGGAUCACAAGCAUUUGAAUUGACCCUUUUUAUAUACGUAUAUAUAUCCAUAUAUACGCGGCACCCUUAUUCUGUUACUUGUCUUGGCCUAGUUUACUUUUUAUUUACUCCUUUAUCUAAUUCUAACCCUUUCCCUUCUGCUUUCUGAGUGUAUACACAUCAGAGUCAAACAGCAUCUUCUUAACUCUUCACCCGUAUACUACAAGUUGAGCACUAGAGCAAAGAUCAUCGUGAGAGCGCGUCGGUGGCUCGAGUCUUCUUGCCGAAAAACGGCAAGAGAUCUUCGACACCAAAGUCUACUUCGUCAUCGUCUUAAAAUCACGCCUUGCUUAAAAGCUUGCAACUUUCUUCUCUUCCUAGGAUAAUCGGACAUAAGUCUAUUAGCUGAUAUUGGUAAACGAGAAGACCAUUUCUCGUGGGUACCGAUCGCCAUGACCCUGGAUUUUCCCUGGAUCUACCCUGUUCGGGUUGUCCAAGUAAUAUUUGCGAUCAUCAUCCUUGGGUUGACUGCAUACAUUGUCAGCGUGUACAAUAAUGAUACUGUCAACUUCAUGCUUUUCAACAGUAUAUGGACGGCUUUCUUCGCGACUCCGUACCUUGCUCUUGCACCCGUGCACUUUCCACAUCUCGCACAUCGUUUGAUUAUCCCGGCCGUGGAAGUAAUUACCAUGAUCUUCUGGUUUGCAGGGUUCAUUGCAUUGGGCGUUUUACUUCCUGCUCCUAGGUUUUGUCACUGGAGCGCCUGCAACUGCGCCCAGGCAGCCACGGUGUUCGGGGCAUUCGAGUGGGCCUUAUUCGUGGCCACAAGUGUGAUAGCUGUUCUGUGUGCAUUUCGAAGCAGGCCAAGCACUACUAGUACGAAGCCUGCCCCCCAAACUACUGCCCACAUUGGCGUCUAAGUGGAAUGUAGUGGUGGCACCAUGAACUGCCCCUUAGGCGUUUCCUAGUUGAUAGUACUUCACGAAGAACGACAUUUAGGCUUACCGAUGCUAUUAUGUACACUGUAUAUUACGUUGCGGCAUCGGCGACCCCUCCCGGAUUGAUUUGAUGUUAAUGAUAAUGUUAAUGCUGGAUAUAAAAGGUCAGAAAAAGGUGAGGCAGAGGAAGUAGUUAAUGUUAAUUUGAAAUCUCUAUACUUAGUAUAAGCGCGGAGGCUCAGAGAAAAUUGGCUCUAAUUAUAUCAAAUGACAUCGCCAUGGUUACACUUAAAUAAGUAUAGUAUGGGUACAUCGUAGCAGUGUUCUGGUAUCAGGAAAGUGCUAACACAUAUGUGAUGAAAUAUCUUUUGAUUGAAAUGUAGGUUUAUAGAAUAGGGCUGCUGGCUUUUCC